AUGCUCAAGCAAAGACCAUCAGGCCAAGUCCGCUUCAAACAUCAGAGUCCCUCGAGCAAGAGGACUACAGUGGAGACGGAUGACUCUUCUGCAACCAAUGAGCAGAAUUCCAGUGAUGAGUCUGGUGAUUGGUUUGACGACGACGACGAUAUUCAGCCCUCCGAUAGUGCUUCAGUUUCUGCAGCCCCCGGCAAUCCGUCGACAUCCUCCACUACCCGUAAUACAAACCUGCCAGAAAACCACAAACUUAAGGAUUUGUCCCAAGGCUGGAGUAACACUGGUCUGGGUGGCCACCCCUUGGUUCAACAUCAGUAUACAUACCAAGGUGCGGGUUCAGCGCCGACUCAACCACAGCAUCCCAACUAUCAGCCAACGGAAGGAUAUAGACCUCAUACAAUGCAUGGUAAUAGGUCAUAUCCCUCUUACAACGUCAACUAUCCUGCAGCCCCAAAAAUGCAAGAUGCUGGAAUGUCUGGCAACACGAUGGAGACAAACGCCUACCCAUAUCAACCAGCCAAGACCACUAAUUACUAUAAUCACCAACCUCGACCUUCCCCUCCACCUAGAAUCCCUAUUGCGCCUCUUCCACCAUCACCUCUUCACAGCAUGGCUUCUCCUCAAAGAGAAGAUCCAGAGAAGCUUGCUCUAUUAGCCGAGCUUGGGAGAAUUAAAAGCAUGGAGGCGAAUGCAGAAGCGCUCGAAGAGCAAAGGCAGUCAGAGGCAAAGAUUCGAAAGGAAGCCGAGGAAGCUUUUUGCCGGAGAAUGGAGGAGAUGAAGCUCGCCCAAGAGCAAGCCAAGAAGGAAAUCGACAAGGCCAGACUCGAGGCUGAAAAGGCCGCAAAGGAGAGGAUGGAUAUGGAAAGACAGGCACAGGAAAGGAGGGCAGAAGAACAUGCCCGAAACAUGGCUGAGGCUGAGAAAGCUGCCGUGGAGAGGCUGCGGGCUGAGCGUGAAGCAGAAGAGGAGAGAUCGAAGAGGUUCAAUGAAUUUGCAAAGAAUCUUGAAAAAGAGGUCAGACUGAAAGUCGAAAUGGAGAAGAGAGCUGAACUAGCCGAACGAGAUGCAAAGGCGAAGCAAAGUGACGACCUUGAAAGGCUCGCGAAGCUGAAGAUGAUCCAAAGCAUGGAUGAGAUCGUGAGCUUGACCAAGAAGCGAGUCCUGAGUGAUUUGGUCACAGAUGGAGAAUCCGUAGGGUCAAAGGACAGACAAGGCUGGUUGAUAGAGACUCGGAACGAAACUGAUGCUGAGCGAAGUGUGUUGCCAAUAGAGAAGGGCCAACUCUCGAUACCCCGACCAGGUACGCAACCACGCUAUGCCACGGUCUCAACUGUGCGUUCUGCCUCAAACGCUUCUGUAAAGCUUCAGGGGGCGUCACCGACCCCUUCAUGGAAACCCGAAGCUCCUGAUCCGUGGGCUUCAGGAUCCGAAAGCGAUGAUGAGGCGACGCCCAGUAGAGCUGGUACAGGCACUCAGCAACCCCGCGAAGCCAAUCGAAGUUCUCGGCGCAGCGUGUUUGAAAGACAAGAGCAGCGGACAUAUCAAAAAGGAGAUAUGCCGUGGAUUGACGGUUUGGUAGAACAGGUAGCCGAUGCCGUCAUCGAGAGACUGAUGCACUCUCCCUACAAACAGAUCUUGACGCAGCCUCAUCCACACACUGGCCAAUACUCUCGCCGAUACAUCCGGCCCAGACCAGACCCAUUAAUCAAAGCUAAAAAUCCGUUCCCGAGCGCCAGGCAGUUCAGUAAUGUGGAGACACUGGGUGUCGAAGAGGCGUCCAAGUACGCCCAAGGCCCACCUCCAUGCGGACCAUCCCGGCGAUUCUACAAGCCCCCUAAACCAGAACGCCUACGAGGGCAAAGCGUCACGGGCCCGACUCCAACGCCAUCUAUAGACCUGCCCCUUCACGAGACACAACCAUCACAUGAUGUCCCUAUACCCAUUGGCCAGAGAAGACCAGCAACACUACGCAGCCCACAGCCGGUUCCUCCGCCACGUCUAGAAGACUGGUUAGACAGCAGUGCCAAGUUUGAAUCUCAGACGGGCUGCUCGGACGUUGACACUGUGACCCAAGACACCUCUAGGAUCCAUGAUGUAAUGGCCGAUGGUAGUGAUCCAGCUUGGAAUCAUACCGCGCCAUGGAUCCAAGACGUAGUAUCUGAGCCUGACGGCAGAAACAGUGUGCAGAGAAUGGUUGGGAAGUUGGAGAAAUACAGCCUGAAUCCUUAUCUAGCAGACCAAGAAGGGGGCGCUAAUCUUCAGAAAGCAUACAAGUAUGUUUUCCAAGAUGCUUAG